CGCAUGUGUUUUAGACGCCUAGUUACAUACAAAAAUCCCACGGAGUGCCCAACACUGAUUUAUAUAGUAGCCACAAGCAGCCACAAGCAAUUCGAUAUUUGUAAACAACAAGAGUGGACAAAGUCCAAUAUGACUGGAGGAACUACUACAGAAAAGUCAGCUAGCAAUCCUUUGGAACAGUUUGUGUUGCUUGCAAAAACUGCCAAAGGUGCAGCUGCGAUAGAACUUAUUAAACAAGCAGUGGAAACACCAGGCGUUCAUGUAUUUGGAGAACUAUUAGAUAUGCCUAAUAUCAAAGAACUAGAAAAUGGGCCAUAUGUCGAAUAUUGGAAUACUCUAAAUUUGUUUGCAUAUGGCACAUACAAAGAGUACUUAGAAAACAAAAAUAGAGUUCUAGAACUAACACCUGUUCAAAAGAAGAAACUUCAACACUUAACAAUUGUAACAUUGGCUACAAAGUCCAGAUGUAUACCAUAUUCUGUUUUAUUGGAAGAACUAGACAUAAAAAAUGUUAGAGAUUUAGAAGAUUUAAUAAUAGAAGCCAUAUACGCAGACAUAAUACAUGGCAAACUGGAUCAAAAGAAUUCACAAUUAGAAGUAGACUAUGCUGGUUUGGGACGUGAUGUCAGACCUGGUGAUACAGGUGUAGUUGGUGAAACAUUGGCUGCUUGGGGUCAGGCUUGCGAUACUGUGUUGGCAUGUAUCGAAGAACAGGUUACUAGAGCGAAUAUAGAAAAACAAAAAGCCACUUAUCACAAAGAGAGAAUACAAAGAGACAUCACUAACAUAAAGAAAUCACUUGCUGCGCAAGCUGGAGGUGGCGGUGUACAGGAAGCCGACAUGGCUGGAGGUAGUUCAGGUUCAGGAGGAAGUGAAUCAAGCAGGGAAGCGUUAUCAAUUCCACCAGACGCGAAAAAGAAGCAACAGAAGGUCAAAGGUAUCAAAGGCAGUGCAAAGAUUGUCAAAUCUAGAAAAGGCUAGUUUAGACCUUACGGACACAACGAAGCAAAAAUAAGUGCACAUUCAGCCUUAGGUUUCGUAGAAAAAUGAUUGCUUUAUCAUAUUCUGAAAAGAAUAUACUUUUUUUGACAUUUUCGUUAUCAAGAAAGAUCCAUGAAAAAUUAUUGUUGUUAAACAAUGUGUACGAACUCCUGAUCGUAAAUGUAAAUUUGCUUAUUAUAUUGCAUAUUGAAGGCUAGCUGAGCUUAAAAAAAUAAAGAAAAUAAUAAUAAUGCAAAUACAUCAUAAUUGCAUUGAAUAAUCGAGUAUAGUAUUACAUUUAUUAUCGAAAUAAUAUUUAUUACCAGUAAUUCGAAGCAAAUAGAUGUAAAUUGUAGAUAAAGCCAUUGUGGCGAACGAAUCGUGAUCGUUCUCACAUCGAGACUUUAAAAGUGAGAGAGAAUUACAAAAAUUUUUCUUAGAACAGGGAAUGAGAGGAAAAGAGAGGGAGAGAGGAAAGGAAGGCGAGAGAAAGAGAAAGAGAGAGAGCGAGAGAGAGAAAGUAAUUUUAUAAGACAUAAGCUGCCGAAUUUUGUAAAACCUGUAGCAUGUACAAAAGAUUUUCAGUCAGACCAAAGAUUUUAUACCUUUACGUUCAAGGUGUUAAGGUGUUACGUUUAAGACGUGGUUAACAUUUAAAUAAUAUAUCAUAACAGGGUUUGACAAAUUUGAUAGGCAAAUCUGAUAGUUAUCGGAACGAAUUGCAUAUUUAUGAUUAUGUUCGUGCCUAUGUACUGGACGUCUAAAUAAUUGUGGGGCAAUCUAGAGGGAAGUUAUUUUACAUAAAAGCACUAGCCGCAAAGACGAAAUAAAAUGUUUUCUUUUGCGUGCGCACGUGUAUGUGUGAAGGCUUGUUGUUGAGAAAAUUGAAUUUGAAUAUUCGAUCCGCUUAUGAUUUACUUAUACGGGCGUAUAAGUGGUGAAUUAUGCUAGUCCUUGUUAGUUAGAUCAGAAGUAUAAGCUUAUUCGUUUGGUUUAAAAAUUUAACUUCGUUAAAACGAAGUUAGUGAAAGGAUAAGCAUUGUUCCAUAUUUUGUAACAUUUUUGCACGUAAAAUAAUCGCUUGUCCGGUGGUAUUACGAUUACUGAGACACUCUGUAUAACAUCGUUAUCAUUGAAUGAUAGGGAUAUUCAGUGUGAUGAGUUGUGUCUAAUACAGUAUUAAUCGCUUUUCUAUCCUUUACAUUAACUUCGUGGUAUCUUUUCAUUGUCUCUUUACAAAAACGAUUUAAUGUAGUGACGAGGAAAGGUAUAACGAUGAAGUAAUAAAGUGUAACUAGUCGAAUCAAUAAUUGUUACAAAACGGGAAGAGAAAGGAUUGUGUGUUUAGGAAAAUGUAAACGAUAUACGAGUGACAUGUUGCUUAGUGAAAAACAAAUGUCAGUCGAAUUACAUAGCGUUGUAAGUGCUAAUGGAAUAAAAAGAUUUAUUUUAGCGAG